AUGCACCAGUUAGCAGAAGCAGCAGUUGCAGGCAGUAUAGCAGGGUUAGUAGUUGAUAUUUCUUUGUUUCCGCUUGAUACGCUUAAAACAUGGCGACAACAGAAAAAUUAUUUUUAUGGUUUUUUUUCAGGAAAAAAGUGGGAUUAUUUGAGCAAAAACAGGUACAAUGUGCAAAAAUCAUGCUAUUAUAGUCAUUCCUUGCGUUCUUUGUACCGUGGAUUAGCUGGAAUGGCUGUAGGAAGCAUGCCAUCGUGUGAGUAA